GGUCCCCGCCAUGCCCCACUGAGCCCGUCCGCAGCCCGUCCGCAGCGUCCGCCCGCCGCCCCGGCUGCCCCGCAGCCCCCGCCCGCCGCCAAGCUGGAGGAGCGCCGCAAGCCCGAGCCCCGGAGGAUGGAGGACGAGGCAGUACUGGAUAGAGGGGCUUCCUUCCUUAAACAUGUAUGUGAUGAAGAAGAAGUGGAAGGUCACCACACGAUUUACAUCGGGGUCCAUGUGCCGAAGAGCUACAGGCGGAGGAGGCGUCACAGAAGAAGACCUGGGCACAAAGAAAAGAAAGAAAAGGAGAAAAUCUCAGAGAACUACUCAGACAAAUCAGACGUAGAAAACGCUGAUGAGACAAGCAGCAGCAUCCUUAAACCACUCAUCUCCCCCGCCGCCGAGCGCAUCCGCUUCAUCCUCGGAGAGGAAGAUGACAGCCCCGCGCCCCCGCAGCUCUUCACCGAGCUGGACGAGCUUCUGGCUGUCGAUGGACAGGAGAUGGAGUGGAAGGAGACUGCAAGGUGGAUCAAGUUUGAGGAGAAGGUAGAACAAGGUGGGGAGCGAUGGAGCAAACCGCACGUGGCCACCUUGUCUCUGCACAGCCUGUUCGAGCUGAGGACGUGCAUAGAGAAGGGCUCCAUCAUGCUGGAUAUGGAGGCCUCUUCCCUUCCACAGGUGGUGGAGAUGAUCGUUGACAAUCAGAUCGAGACGGGGCUGUUGAAAUCCGAACUGAAGGACAAGGUCACCUACACACUGCUCAGGAAGCACCGGCACCAGACCAAGAAAUCCAACCUGCGCUCGCUGGCUGACAUUGGAAAGACCGUCUCCAGUGCAAGUAGGAUGUUUUCCAACCCCGAUAAUGCACGCAGCCCGCUCGAGAGCUCCGUGCCCUGCCUGGCCACGCGCACGUUGGACGAUGAACUGGGAGUGCAGCGCAGCCCCAGCGUGGGAUGGCUCAGCAGCCCAGCCAUGGCUCACCGAAACCUGACUUCCACCAGCCUCAAUGACAUCUCGGACAAGCCUGAGAAGGACCAGCUGAAGAAUAAAUUCAUGAAGAAAUUGCCUCGUGACGCUGAGGCCUCCAACGUGCUGGUCGGGGAGGUGGAUUUCCUGGAGAGCCCCUUCAUUGCCUUCGUGCGGCUGCAGCAGGCGGUCAUGCUGGGAGCUCUCACCGAGGUCCCUGUUCCCACACGAUUUCUCUUCAUUCUGCUGGGACCAAAGGGCAAAGCCAAGUCCUAUCAUGAGAUCGGCCGAGCCAUUGCCACGCUGAUGUCGGAUGAGGUAUUCCAUGACAUUGCCUAUAAAGCCAAGGACCGUCAGGACCUGAUCGCAGGCAUCGAUGAAUUUCUGGAUGAAGUCAUUGUGCUUCCCCCUGGGGAAUGGGAUCCAGCCAUUAGGAUAGAGCCCCCCAAGUCUCUCCCUUCUUCGGAUAAGAGGAAAAACAUGUACUCGGGUGGGGAGAACCUGCAGAUGAACGGAGACACGCCCCACGACGGCGGCCAUGGCGGCGGCGGCCACGGCGACUGCGAGGAGCUGCAGCGCACGGGCAGAUUCUGUGGGGGCUUGAUCAAAGACAUCAAGAGGAAAGCACCGUUCUUCGCCAGCGACUUCUACGACGCUUUAAACAUCCAGGCCCUCUCAGCCAUCCUCUUCAUCUACCUGGCCACUGUCACCAAUGCCAUCACUUUUGGGGGAUUGCUUGGGGAUGCUACGGAGAACAUGCAGGGCGUGUUGGAGAGCUUCCUGGGCACCGCUGUCACCGGCGCCAUAUUUUGCCUUUUGGCUGGUCAGCCCCUCACCAUUCUGAGCAGCACAGGACCCGUCCUGGUCUUUGAGCGGCUCCUCUUCAAUUUCAGCAAGGACAAUGGCUUUGACUACCUGGAGUUCCGCCUCUGGAUCGGCCUCUGGUCAGCCUUCCAGUGUCUCGUUCUCGUGGCCACCGACGCCAGCUUCCUGGUCAAGUACUUCACCCGCUUCACCGAAGAAGGAUUUUCCUCCUUGAUCAGCUUCAUCUUCAUUUAUGAUGCUUUCAAGAAGAUGAUCAAGCUGGCAGAUCAUUAUCCCAUCAACUCAGAGUUCAAGGUGGACUAUAUCACUCAUUACUCUUGUGCCUGUAAACCACUAGAUCCAGUUAAUAGCUCAUUACUUAACAGGACAAUGGUGCUGUCAGACUAUGAGCUGGUCUCUCCCUCCUCUGAGCUGGCCAACACCACCAUUGACUGGGCAGCUCUGACAGCCAAGGACUGCUUGAAGUAUGGGGGUCAGCUUGUGGGCAACAACUGUGACUAUGUCCCUGACAUCACCCUCAUGUCUUUCAUCCUCUUCUUUGGCACUUACACCUGCUCCAUGGCCCUGAAGAAAUUCAAGACCAGUCGCUACUUUCCCACCACUGCCCGGAAGCUCAUCAGUGACUUUGCCAUUAUCCUGUCCAUUUUGAUCUUCUGUGGAAUAGAUGCCCUGGUUGGUGUGGACACACCAAAACUAAUUGUGCCAAGUGAAUUCAAGCCGACCAGUCCCGAGAGGGGCUGGUUUAUCCCACCUUUUGGAGGGAACCCGUGGUGGGUGUACCUGGCAGCAGCCAUCCCUGCCCUGCUGGUGACCAUCCUCAUCUUCAUGGACCAGCAGAUCACCGCCGUCAUCGUCAACAGGAAAGAGCACAAGCUCAAGAAAGGUGCUGGAUAUCAUCUGGAUUUGUUCUGGGUGGCCAUUCUGAUGAUUGUCUGCUCCUUCAUGGGGCUGCCCUGGUACGUGGCUGCUACCGUCAUCUCCAUCGCUCACAUCGACAGCUUGAAGAUGGAGACGGAGACUUCAGCCCCUGGAGAACAGCCCAAGUUUUUGGGAGUGAGGGAGCAGAGAGUCACCGGCGUCAUUGUUUUCAUCCUGACCGGGGUGUCUGUCUUCAUGGCUCCCAUCCUGAAGUUCAUUCCCAUGCCCGUGCUCUAUGGUGUCUUCCUCUACAUGGGAGUUGCAUCCCUCAACGGCGUGCAGUUCAUGGAUCGGCUGAAGCUGCUCUUGAUGCCUCUAAAACACCAGCCUGACUUCAUCUACCUGCGCCACGUCCCACUGCGCAGGGUCCACCUCUUCACCUUCCUGCAGGUGCUGUGCCUGGCCCUCCUCUGGAUCCUCAAAUCCACCGUGGCUGCUAUCAUAUUCCCUGUCAUGAUCUUGGCCCUGGUGGCAGUCAGAAAAGCCAUGGACUACCUCUUUUCCCAGCAUGACUUAAGCUUUCUUGACGACGUCAUUCCAGAAAAGGACAAGAAGAAGAAAGAGGAUGAGAAGAAGAAGAAAAAGAAGAAGGGCAGUAUGGACAGUGACAAUGAUGAUUCUGACUGCCCCUACUCAGAAAAAGUCCCAAGUAUUAAAAUACCAAUGGACAUCAUGGAGCAGGAACCUUUCCUAAGUGAUAGCAAACCUGCUGACAGAGAAAAAUCACCAACAUUCCUUGAACGCCACACGUCGUGCUGAUACAAUUCCCUUCCUUCAAUCACACGCCAUGCCAAGCCCUCCACGAACUCCAGUAAAAGUUGUGCCUCAAAUUAGAAUAGAACUUGAGCCUGAAGACAAUGGUUAUUUCUGGAGGAGCAAGGGAAC